UAUAUGUGCUCGCCGUUCCUCGCAAGUGAGAAGAGCACAGGAAGAUAGAAAUCUCUUCUGCAAAUUCUUAACUUGUCCGGAUUGACAGCCCGUACAGGUGUUCACUCAGCUUCCUCUUUGCAGUGCAAAGAUUUCAUUUCAAGGUCAGGGGAGAUAGACAUGGCGGCGGACGGCGGGCUGAGGAGGCUGUUCGAGAAGCCUCUGCCGGAGAACCCGACGCUGCUGGAGGCGCUGUCGGCGUGGAACCGCGUCCACCCCAAGAGGCCCGUCGACCCGACAUCCUUCACCGAGAUCUUCGGCGAGCUCCACUUCCAAGAGAAGCAGCAGCCGGACCACGUCGCCCGGGGCAACGUCCUGCCGGCGCCGCGUCCGCCGCCUUCACCUCCUCUUGUUCGCGCGACCACGGUGUCGUCCUCGUCGUGGAUCGACGCCGCCGAGAAGAGCAAGGACGACUCGUCUCUCGACGCGCUCCUCAGGUCGCCGAAGCCCACGCCGACGGUGAAGAGGAGCGCGAGCUUCUCCAUGAAGAAGAGUCCGUCGGCAUCGUCCCUGCUGCUCUGCACAGAGGGGCUCGGGUCCGAGAGCACCGUGGACGUGCUGAGGGAUGACGACGACGAGCUAGCCGCCGCUUUCCGCCGCCAGGUGGAGACACGCGACGACGCGGACGUCGUCGACGCGAACCAGGAGGAAAAGGAGAACCAGCGGCCUCCGCCGUCGUUCCCGCCCCCGAUACGGUCGAUCAGCGUGCGCGGCGGGAAGCCGAGCGUGUGCUUCCGGUCGUUCCGUGCGGACGGCAGGUUCGUGCUGGUGGAGGUUGUCAUCCCCGGGAAGGAGCUCCUGCGGGCGUCGCGCGAGGGCGGUCGGCUCAGGCUGCAGUUCGCCGGCGCCACCGCACACGCGUAGACCAAGACAGGACAACACGAUGUUUGUGACGAGACUGGAAACACUGGCUGGAUCAUGCAAGAACACAGGAUAAUCAUCUUGCUGCGUCUACGACGCACAUAUUGUAUCGUAUAUAUCGGGGUGUAAAUUUGACUUUUUGAGAGUACUACUAUAUCAACGAAUUCAGAAUCUACUGCGCA